AUGAGUCGCGUAAAUUAUACUAUACCUCCGUCUCUGGUUGCCGCAGAAUCAGACAGCGUGAUUGCUUCGCUGCUCGCCGGUUUCCGGAUUGUGGAGGACGAUGAAAUCUCCCUCGUCGGUGACUGCGAAGAUGGCGACCCCGAGGAAUUCCGGUACCACUUUGGCACCGGAUACGACGACGGCGGGCGCGUGGUCUGGUUCUGGUGGACCGUCGACUUUGAGUUUAUACGCAUGCUCAACAGGUCCCGCCAUCACCAGUUGCCCGUGGACUAUAUUCCCGAUCAUGUGCACGGACCUUAUGAUUCCAAAGACACCCUAGACAAGUAUGUCAGAGCGGCCAAAGUGACCAUGGCGGCGCGCCGCGGUGGCAUCGAUCGCUCAUACUUUUUCGAGCGCGUUAAGGAUGUUAUCAAUCGCACAUUUGGCGGGGCGUGUUGUGUCACGUCCAACACCAACAACGUCAUGUUGGAGCAUCUUGGCCCGUUCGGCACGGGCACCGGAUCAUUCUAUGUCCACGUCAUGAAGGCGUGGCCGCUGGGCGCAGACGGCUCCAAACAAAAGAGCAAGAUGCGCCACUGUGCGGCGGAACAGGUGUGCAAGUGGUCGCGCGAUGUGGGGUUGUUUAGCCGCAGGGGAUUCACCCAUCCGGUGUACAGCGCAAACCAUUACUGCACGGCCAACGCCACAAAGAGCGCAUGCACGGGCAUCACCAUUGCCACGUUCGAGUUGCCGACUGACACUAUCGAAGAAGCCAACAAGAUUGCCUCUGACUUGCUUGAUCUAGUAUAA